AUGAAUUCAAUUUCGUUAUUAGAAAUGAAUGCAAAAGACAUUAUUCACUAUAUAAGAGGAAACAAAAGAUUAAUAAGUGGCAAAAAUGCAUUUUUUAUACAAUUAGAAUUUUCUUUAAAGAUGAAAACUAUAGAAUUUACAACUAAUACAUCAUUAAAAGAUCUUUGUCAUGAUCUUUGGAUUUCUGCAUCACCAGAUCAAAGAAGAAAAUUCGAAGUUUUGGCAAAUAAAGUAAAUUAUCUUAAUAAAAAAUGCAAAAGGCGUUUAUACAGACGACAACAUGAUAAUAAUAAUCAAAAUAGUUUUGCAUCUGACUUGAUCAAUGGAAUUAAUUUUCCUUAG